GAAACGCACGUGCGAAUCACGCGGCGCCAAGGGGUACUUAAUCUUCUUCGUUGUCUUCGUUCUUCCUCCCCCUUCUCUCCUCUCUCGUUUUCUCUGGUUCGCUGCUCUGCUCUCCCCUCUGAUUCCAGGUGAUAUAAUUUAACUGGAGUCGAGAUGUCACUAAGUGCUGCAGUUGCCAGUCCAAUCACAUCGCUGUCUGUUGUUCGACCAGUAGAACAACGGUUGCAGUUUAAGAAGAAUGUCUGGUCCAGUCCAGUUGGACUCAAGCCUCUUCGCAUGCAGUAUCAUCCUGUUCAAAGAAGAAGUAUCUCUAGUGCUUCUCGAGUGAAGCAUGCUUCUGUAAUAUGUUGUGCUGCUCUGAACGCGACAUGUGCUGCAGAGCAAACCCAAACAGUAACACGUCAAUCAUCUACCAUUACUGUUGCACCUAUCCAAGGAAAAGAGAAGUCCCCAGAACUUGAUGAUGGCGGGACGGGAUUUCCACCACGUGAUGAUGGCGAUGGUGGUGGUGGUGGAGGCGGUGGUGGUGGCCACUGGUCCGGUGGGUUCUUUUUCUUUGGCUUCCUUGCUUUCUUGGGCCUCCUAAGGGACCAAGAAAGCGAAGGACCGUACCAGGAUGAAAGGAGAAGAUGAGAGAUCAUAGAUUAUAUAUAGCUACUUGUAUCUGUUCUGAUCGAUUCUUUGGCUGCUUCGGGACAACAUCUAACAGUAUGGUUUGAAAGUAUCAAUUAUUUUUUGCCCUCAUGACUUUGGCAGCAGAGUACCACGUUUCUUCAACUUAUGAGUGAAGAAAUAACACUAUUGAUGAAGUCUUCAAUAUUUCUUUUUCUUUGUUAA